CUCAUCUUCUGCCUCAUAGCAGCUUUACAACUAUGUCUUCUUCCACCCUUCACUUCUGCCUUGCAGCUACAGCUCUUUUCUUUACGGCUUUUCUCCGUGGACCUUCCCUGUCUCACGCUCAAUUAUCUCCUACGUUUUACGACGUGACAUGUCCAAACGUAACGAACAUCAUUCGAGAUAUCAUUUCUAAAGAAUUACAGACUGAUCCUCGUAUUACCGCUAGCUUAAACAGGCUCCAUUUCCAUGAUUGCUUUGUUAAUGGUUGCGAUGCAUCGAUUUUGCUAGAUAAUAGUCCGACAAUAGAAAGUGAGAAAGAGGCGCUGGCAAACAAUAACUCGCUAAGAGGUUUUGAUGUUGUCGACAGGAUGAAGAGUAGAUUGGAGAGUGCAUGUCCUGGAAUUGUUUCUUGUGCUGAUAUACUCACCAUAGCAUCUCAACUAUCUAUCAAUUUGUCAGGAGGUCCUUCAUGGACAAAUCUAUUGGGAAGGAGAGAUAGUUUGACAGCCAGUCGAGCUCUUGCUAAUUUAACCAUUCCUUCACCAUUUGAUACUCUUGAUCAACUCAAACAAAGGUUUAUAAAUGUCAGCCUCAAUGGUGAUACCGACUUGGUUGCACUCUCUGGUGCUCACACAUUUGGAAGAGCUCGAUGCUUAGGAUUCUCUCCUCGAUUAUUCAAUUUCAAUAACACCAGUGCUCCGGAUCCAACUCUCAACACUACCUUUUUACCAGUACUUCAACAGAUAUGUCCUCAAGGUGGGAACCAAAGUGUCAUCACUGAUCUUGAUCUAACUACACCUAAUACUUUCGACAACGCCUAUUUCUCCAACCUUCAGAUUGGAAAGGGUUUGCUUCAAAGUGAUCAAGAAUUGCUCUCAACUCCUGGCGCCGAUACUGCUAAUCUCGUCAAUCAAUUUAGCAGUAAUACUACUGCUUUCUUCGAAGCUUUCGUAUUAUCUAUGAUAAGAAUGGGAAAUCUUAGUGUGUUAACGGGAACUGCAGGAGAAAUUAGAUUGAACUGUAGAGUAAUUAAUGGAGUCUCUACUUUAUCCGAUGAUAAUUUGGUAAGUUCAAUAUGAACGAAUAAAGUACUAAA